CAGCGCUAUGUUUUAAGUUCGCUGGUUCGGGUUCGUUUUAUGUAUCAGAGUUUAUCUGAGUAAACGGCUGUCGGUCGGUUUGGUUUUCCUUUCUACAAACGCUCCAUUAGAUAUGCCAGAGGCGAGCUAACAGCUGCUAGCUCCGGGAGGAGAUGAGCUUCCCGCCGAACAGGCCGUCCGGACCGUACCAGAACACUGGAACCGCCAGAUUUUCAGGGAACUCUGUUACGCUGAUGAGUUUCCCUGAAUCCAGAUCAUCUCUAUGGGACAGCAGACUUAUGGGGGAGAAGCUCCGCCUCCAGCUGUGCUCCCAUAGGAAACCUCAGCUGGUUCUGAUGGAGAAAACUCUGCGUCUGGCCCAGCACCAUGUCCGCAACUGCAACAAGCCCCGCCUGCACUGUUUCUUCCUGGGCUCACUGUCUGUUGACCAAGAUGAGGAGGGUGUGACUGUGACCCUGGACCGAUUUGACCCAGGCCGGGAUCAGGAUGGAGCCUCUGGCAGGCUUCCCUCCACUGUGGUACCUGGAGACAUCGUAGUCCCAUUUACAUUUUCCAUGCAGAUGGACACGCCCCUUGUGACUAUGGUCCAGUCAGAAGCAGAGCUUCACCACUCCUUUAAGGUGCUGCAACUGUAUGUGAGCAGCAGACAGAUGCUGGAUCUGUCUCAGCUCCUAAAGGUCAAAGGUCAUGUUAUCUGCUCCCCGCAGCUGGACGCCACAGCGUUCACUCUCAGCUGGUCUGCCGUCUGUCCGGACGUUGUUGUGGAGGCUCAUCCUGUUCAGGCCGUCCCCGUCAUACCCACGGCGCUGGUGCGGAGCCUCACCAGCCUCAUGCCACCUCAGCUGCCGCACAGCGCCAGAUGCCAGAGAGGGUUUCUGACCAUGAAUCAGACCAGGAAGCUCCUCCUGAUCCUGGACUCGGACCCCAAAGCCUCCAGCUUGCCUCUGGUCGGAGUCUGGCUGAGUGGGAUCACGCACGUCUGCAACCCUCAGGUUUGGGCCUUUUGCCUGAGGUUCCUGUUCAGCUCUGCUCUCCAGGACAGAGUUCUGUUGGACAGCAGCUCUUUCCUGCUUGUCGUAUUCAGUGUCACGCACAGAGCACCUCAGUUCUACCACUGUCGACCCAUCAUGGGACCAGGACUGCCCCAUCUAGACUACCAGCUGCUGACGGCCACAGAGUCCACCACGUUGUUUCAGCAGGUUUCAGCAGCAGAAGGCCAAACACUGAGGUUUCAGUUUGCUUCAGACGGAUGCCACAGGCAGGUGGAGAUCUUCAGAGAGGCUCAGAUCUCCUUCAGCAGUGCCCCUUCGCCAGCUGCCCAUCUGUCGAUCAGCGACCACGAUUCAGGGGUCGAAGAUGAAGAUUUGUCCCCCCGACCUUCACCGAGCCCUCACUUCCUCGUUCAGCAGGUGAAGAGAGUGCAGCCAUCGGUUCCUGAACUUUCUCUGUUGGUUGAUGCCAGUUUUACACCUUCCGACCAGGAACGCGUGCCUUCCCGCACACCGCUUCCUGCUGGAACCACCUCUGAAGUUCCAGCUGACACCAACUCUGCUCCUCCUCCCGGACAAAAAAACUCCACAUCUGCAGCUCCCAGAUCAGCUCACCUCCACAGCACCCCAAACUCCAAUCUGGACCAGCCGUGUACCUGCUGCCACGUUCCUUCAUAUGACUUCACCCCCAUCUCUGUUCCCCAGCGCUGCACCCUCAUCCUCCACAUGCUGCCUCCUCUCAGCACCGUGCUCCUUCCUGUAGCCGUGACCCCGUUCCUUCUCAUGCUCCAGCAUCUCCUCAGCCUGCUGCUCCUUCUGGUGGCCACCAGAAUCCACCUCCUCCUUCCCAUCACCACACUCCUGCAUCUGCCGUCUCCCCCGUUCAUCCUCCUUCUCCUCCCUCCAACCCCCACUCUGCUUCUGCUCUUGUUAGUUGUCCGGUUCCUGUCCAACAGCGCAGCGACUCCGCCCCCUGUCUUCAGGACAGCCGGUCUCCCCCCCCUUCAGUGGACGCACCCAUCUGUCCCCUCUGGCAUGGUGGCUGAUUCUCCGGCUCCUCUCUGUGUGCGCCGUGCGUCCUCUCUUCCAGCACCGUUGGGCGUCGUACCAUCUGAUGCCUACCAGCUGCUCCUCCAGCAGGACCAACAGCUCCGCCUCCUACAGGCUCAGGUCCAAAUGCUGCUGCAGGUUCAAGGAAAUCUUCAGGUUUCCAGCCAUCACGCAGAGACUCAGACACCCAGAAACACAGCCAGCGUGGCUGUAGGAACGGGUGCCAGUCUGUUUUGGGGGGAUUAUGUCCAUCCUGUCCUGUGUCAGGAGGGACAGGACCCACCUCCUCCUUCACCAGGACCCCUGUCUUCUUCCAACCUUCCCAGCGCCUCCUCUUCUAGAACAUCCUCUCAUAGUGACCCACCGGUCUCCCCCAAACCCGUGAGCAGAGCUGACAGUGUCGCCUCAGUCCAGGGGGUGGCGUGCUCCCCACCUGGGCAGCACAGCGUCAGCGGUCUGCAGAGUCCAGUUCUGGGAGAGAGUGCCAGCAUGUACGGGCCUGCAGAUGACCAGCAGAGGUUCUACCGUGACCUGAUGAGUCAGCUGACCAGCCGCCUGCAGGAAUCAGAGAGCAAACAGGAAGAGGAGGAGCCUACAAGCAGGAGAGUCUCCGUCGGUUCUGACCCGGCCUUCUCAUCGUCCUCAUCCACGAGGAAGCAGCAGAGUUCCAGAGGGGACCCGGUGAUCAGCGCCACACUGCAACAGCUUCGACAGCUCGGCGUCGACGUGGACCAACAUCUGUGUGGCGCGGACAGGAGCCGACACCGGGUCAUGGAGAGCGCCAGCACUCUGAUGUGUAUCAACCCGGCUGCCGUCCUGUCCAGACUGAGUGUGUCCGAGCCAGCAGAUGGCACUCCUGUCCCAGAAUGCAGUGCGGAUCUUAGCCUGGAGGCCAACGCGAUCGCCCUGCGCUACCUGAGCGACUCUCAGCUCUGCCAGCUGUUAGUGGGAGGCCGCGCCCCAAGACCGAGUGUGACCGUCCCCGUGGACACUGUGCUGUAUCCCAGCAACAUGUCUCUGGCCAGCCGGCGGUACAUGAGGAGGUACGGUCUGAUCGAGGAGCAUAGCAGCGAGGACGAGCAGGAAGUCACCGCUCAGAAGGCGCCGGCUGAAGCUCUGAACAGGAAGCUCCUCCCACAGGGGCAGCUGAACCGAGACCUCAAGCCAAAGACACAGCUGUUGGCUUGUGACGCCAAACGGCGCGGUCCGGACAAGGAGAACCGUUCACCCCGGCUGCAGGCUUUGGGCCGGACUAGCACCGGCCAGCCUGAGGGUUCUGUUGGGAACAUCCUGGACCUGAGUCGCCUCCGGCAGCUGCCCAAACUCUUCUGAGAGCGGAUGUCAAACUAAACUCAGGACUGUUUUU